AUGGCUCUGAAUCUGACGGAACAAUCCCUCCAGCCCCUCCAAACAACGAGGAACUCGCCCCAAAUCGUCAAGCACGAGUCCAGCCACACAGAAAUUCCAAAUGGCUUCUUGCAAGGACCCUCUGCUCUGCCCGUCACAUUGACACACGUCCCCUUUGCCUCAUCCCCCGUGCCCGAGUACGACGAAUGCUUCGCCGUGGUUCUGGACAACGUCAUCUCCAAAGACGAAUGCCAGGAGUUGAUCAAGCUGGCUGAGCAAUCUGCCACUCCCGCCAACAGCGACGCCGAGGGCUUCUGUCCAUGGCGGUCGGCCAUGGUGUCGCUCGGCCCUGGCGUGGAGGCAUCGGCCAAGGGAUACAGAGAGAGCGACAGGAUCGUCUGGGACGAGCAGGAGAUUACUGAUCGUAUAUGGGCGCGCUGCUGUCAGGCCGAGGGGCUUCAGGACCAGCUCGCCCGGGUCGAGGAGGGCGGAGACAGUCGCGUCGGCCGGCCUUCGAGGAAAUGGGAGUUCCAUCGCAUAAACGCGAGGAUGAGAUUUUUGCGAUACUCUGUAGGGAACUUCUUUAAAGCGCAUACGGAUGGUCCUUUCUGGUACGAGGAUGGGGAGAGGGAGUUCCAAACCCAUUACACAGUGCACCUCUAUCUCAAUGAUUCGGUCGAGGCGUCACCGGAUAGCGAGCUGGUUGGAGGGGCCACCGCAUUCCUCUCGCGAGAUCGCCAGCGCCGCGUUGACGUGAACCCCAAAGCUGGGAGUGUGCUGGUAUUCCAACACUCCAGGCUCUUGCAUGAGGGCUCUGUGGUACAGGCGGGUCAGAAGUUUACGGUACGCAUGGACUUGUUGUACGAAUGGGUCAAUAAAGGCGAGAAGGCGGAGGUGAAAAAGAAGACUCCCGUCCGGAAGCACGUCGUGGAAAAGGAUGCAUCAAGUGACAGCGUGGCCAAGAAAGAGGAUGCUAAGUAG